AUGUCUUACCCAACCAGAGAUGCUUUUGUCCAUGUUGGAACCUGGGACGAUGAAACUCGCAAGCAUCCUGCAAUGAAGUGGAUGGAGGACUACACUAUCAACUUCAACAAGCGCGGCAAUUGGAGCCAGGAGGAAUGCGAUUGGACUUCUGCAGAUGCCACUCUCGUCAAACCCGACGGCUCAGUACACACCGGUAACGCACAGGCUUUUAGCGAAGCCAAGGGCAUGUACGCACCGUUCUCCCAGGAAUUCCAUGAGCCCUAUUUCCUGGUCUGCUUCGACACGGACGAGGGUUGGGAGAUGAUAGGCCAAGCAUACUUGUUCGCCAACUGUCAAGGGUCACCAACGGCGCAGGAAAAAAAGGUCAAGGACCUGCAGGGAAGGGAAUGGGAUGUCAAGAUUCCGGGUGGCUUUCAUUUCGUCUAUGCCAAGCAGCAGGGAGCGCCGCAUGACGGGAUCGUGUUGAAAAGGACAGAGAUCAUGAGUGAUUCGAUGCCGGCGGUGCAGAUCCUUAUGGCGAGGGGAGUCUUGAAGCUGUGA